UAAUAUUAAAAUGGUUGAGAAGGAUCCACAACUAAGCGCUCUUGAAGUUGGUGAAUUGGACUUAUUUGUUCAAAGUAUGGAACCAUGGCGUAUAGAAAGUAUUGGCAAUCAAUCAUGGCUAGAUUGGCAUAUCCGAUUGCAGAAAUUAAACCAACAAGCUGUCCUAGAAGCUUCAUCUAUGCAAGAGGAAUUGACCAAAGAGACGUUAAUUUCUCAUGGAAAGCUACCUGUUUUAGUACAGGAGGCAAUCUGUAUUCAAGUGUGGCGAACUAAAAUAUAUCCACAAAUAAUUAAAUUGGAACCAGCUCCUGAAAACACCUUUGGUAUUUAUAUGGUGUUAUAUCAUGAAGCAGCAGCCGUAGGGUUGCUAGAAACUGUACUUUUCCACGAAGAUGGGGCACAAUGUGUUUCUGAAGUCGUAAUUGACUUGUUACAUUACGUUGUCGAUCAACUCACUGCGCUUAUUGCCCUUGUAAACAAUGGUUACUUGAAACCACAAACGGCAAAAGAAAUGGAGACUGAAACAGCAGCUGACGAGUUGGAGAGACAACAACGCGAUCUAGAAUUCGAUAUCAGCAUGAGAUGCAUUUCCAUAGUUCGUUAUUUAGCGGAACACAUGGAAGUAGCAGGAGUAGGUGCAUCUAUAUCGACUAACUUGUAUAAAACUUACGAUGUCCCAUCUAUACUCUGCCAUUUGAUAAAUUUGCAACCUUGGAAGAAGGUUGGUGAUUUUGGGGACAUUCAAAUAUUCAACUUUGGUCGUUGGACGAAACCAUCUGCGGAGGAUUUAUUGCAAAUGCAUCGUAGUGAGGCUCAACUUUGGUUGUGUCUGCGACAACUGCUUUUGGAACCUCGUCUUCAGCAUUAUUAUACUAUCGAUGAGUGUCGGCGGGCUGCUUUCUGUUCCCUACAAGCAAAGAUAUCCGACACUAUGUUGGACCAAGUGCCACCGCUAGGCGAGCUCAAGAUGUUUUUGUGUAGACUGGCUGUAGGAGAUUAUUCCAGUCUUCACAAUCGUUCUAACGGUGUUAAGAAUCCUGGUUGUACUUUGAUUGAAGUGGUUCCACAGAUUAAAGAUGCGUACAUGAAACAAGUGCAUAAACGCACGAAGUCCAUUGCCAAAUCUCAACUGGAUCAUUUCCGAAUGGAUGGAUCCGAGGAGACGAAAAAUAUGGCUAAGAAGCUCCUAGAAUCGUACACAAGUGAUGCAGCUCUCGCUCUUGAUAGUGGUGGAGCGAAGUGUGCUAAAUGCGGUGAUAAAGCGAACAAGAAAUGUUCUCGAUGCAAGACUGAAUGGUAUUGCGGCAGGGAAUGCCAAGUCCAACAGUGGCCGAAGCAUAAAGAGCUGUGCGAUCAAUUCGCUAAACUAUGCAUGUAACUUAGUAAAAUAAAACAAAUAAAUUUUUUUUGGGUUUUUUAUUUAUAUCAUUACACCUAGAGAUUAGCUUGAAGACUUAAGGUAGUCCUUCAGC